AUGGCUAUUCGAAAGGAGGAAGAAGGUAGAGAAGAGCAUAGCACUUCUUUUCUUCUUGAUGCUCUCUACUGCGAGGAAGAGAAAUGGGAAGAUGAAGAAGAAGAAGUAGUUGAAGACAACUCUUCCUAUUCUUCUUCUUCUCCAUUCGUUCUUCUGGAGCAAGAUUUGUUCUGGCAAGACGAAGAUCUGGUCACUCUCUUCUCCAAAGAAGAAGAACAAGAACUCAGCUGUCUGGACGAUGUUUAUCUCGCCACGGAUCGUAAAGAAGCAGUGGGUUGGAUUCUGAGAGUCAACUCUCAUUAUGGGUUCUCUACUUUAGCAGCUGUUUUAGCCAUAACUUAUCUCGACAAGUUCAUAUGUAGCUACAGCUUACAGAGAGACAAACCAUGGAUGCUUCAGCUCGUUUCUGUUGCUUGUCUCUCUCUAGCUGCUAAAGUCGAAGAAACCCAUGUCCCUCUUCUUCUAGACUUCCAAGUGGAGGAGACAAAGUAUGUGUUUGAGGCAAAAACCAUACAGAGAAUGGAGUUGCUGAUUCUGUCCACUCUCCAAUGGAAGAUGCAUCUCGUCACUCCACUUUCGUUUCUUGACCACAUCAUCAGGAGAUUGGGGCUUAAGAACAAUGCUCACUGGGAUUUCCUCAACAUAUGCCACCAUCUCCUCCUCUCUGUAAUCUCAGACUCAAGAUUUGUCGGCUACCGCCCAUCAAUUGUUGCCGCAGCCACCAUGAUGCGAGUCAUAGACCAAGUUGAGCCCUUUGACCCUCUUUCACGCCAAACCAAUCUCCUCAACGCCCUUAACAUAACCAAGGAAAAGGUUGAAUCUUGCUACAAUCUCAUCCUCCAGGAUCGUAUCGAUUUACAGAUCGAAACCCAUUCUUCCAAGAAAAGAAAGAAUCUCGAAUCACCAUCGUCGAGCUCCCCAAGCUGCGUCAUCGAUUCAAACCCUUUCAACAGCGACGAAAGCUCAAACGAUUCGUGGUCACUGUCUCCGUCGCCGGAGCUGAAUCAACCUCCGGUGAAGAAGACGAAGAAGGAGAAACCGAUUUUGCAUCUGCCAUGGGCAAUUGUAGCCUCUCCGUGA